AUCAUUUAACGCGCGAUUGCUACCGCACAAAAUCUUUAAAAAUGUCAUCAUUCCGUGAAGAAUUUGCGCGAAAAGCGCAAUAUUAAUUAUCAAAACAUAACCUCAUCCGUUCCGCUGUUGUCACUGUUUGACAUUUGCACAAACACGAUUUUCUUAAUUGUUAAGUUUCAUAACUUAAUUUAAGAGCAAUGUAUCGUUCUUUUAAUAUUGAUUGGAAAAAGGUCUAUUAUGAUUCCCUUAAUGUAUUAAUACUAAUUUCAUCGAAUGAAAGUUAUAAUCCAGGAAAGCUUUGCACAGAAUCGUAAUAUUAUUUCAUCUAUACUUGUGAACUUAUUCAUUUUUUAAAACACAGAUCGUUUAUUAUUGCACGAUAAAUUUAUCAGCACAGACAUCUGAAAAUCAAAACUAAACAUGCAAUAAUACCUUAUUCAAUUAUAUUGUACAUAUAUGAAUUUAAUUAGUGCUGUCUAAUGUGUGAUAAUUAUAUAUUUUUUCUUAUUUCAUGGCAUUUUCUCUUCACGAUUCGUUUAUCCUCGAAACAGCAUUAGUACUGCUAGCAUUUGCUGGUUCUAUUGGAAUGACAUUUGUCAUUCUUGGCUGUGCAUUACCAAUAUACAAAGUAUGGUGGCCAUUUUUUGUUGUUCUGUUCUAUAUAUUGGCACCUAUCCCAACCAUAAUAGCACGUCGUUAUACAGAUGAUUCAGGAAGCAAUAGUAAUCCAUGUUUAGAAUUGGCAAUAUUUAUUACAAUGGGAUUUGUGGUAUCAUCCUUUGCUCUUCCAAUCGUGUUGGCACGAUCUCCAGUGGACCAGCCUGUAAUACAAUGGGGAGCUUGUUACUUGACAUUAGCAGGUAAUAUUGUUGUGUAUUCAACUCUAGUCGGAUUUUUCAUAACCUUUGAUCAAGAUGAUACCGAUUAUAACAUGUGGUGAGGCACUAUUACAUCGUACUUAUAACAAUAAAAAUUGUAAAAUCCUUUCAGGUUUUUUAUGAGAUUAAAGGAAAAAAUCAAUCAUGCGGUGCACUGACUGAAAGCUAUAUACUGAUCAUAAAUUGCUAUAAACUUAUUAUAUACACAAUUUAUAUAAUAUAAAUCUAAUAUGGAUACUCUUCUGUAUUGAUGCUGCAAGAAAAACAUAGUAUAGUGCACUAAUAAUAGAACGUGUCGAUGACACUAUGCUAUUUGUUGAUUGAUAAACAAACAUUGGAAUUUCUCAGAUUUUCCACAUGUUACAAAAUAGCAAGAAAGCAUUUGGUGUUUUAGAUUUUUCGUAUGAGACUAUUCAGGAUAACCUGAAACGCAACAAUGCGAGAAUAAUGAACAUAUUUUUUAUUUAAUCUAAGUCUUUCAUAAUAAUAAUAAUGGUAAUAAAGCUACAGUUUAUUACUUCA